AUGCUGUCCAGGAAAGGGAUCAUCCCCGAGGAGUAUGUGCUGACCCGCCUCGCCGAGGAUGUCCCGGAGCACGCCCGCUACCGCGCCCGGGAGCGGCGGGCCAGGUUCGUGGGGAAGAACGGCACCUGCAACGUGGCCCACAAGAACAUCCGGGAGCAGGGCCGCUUCCUGCAGGACGUCUUCACCACCCUGGUGGACCUCAAGUGGCCGCACACGCUGAUCAUCUUCACCAUGACCUUCCUGUGCAGCUGGCUGCUCUUCGGCAUGACCUGGUGGCUGAUCGCCUUCGCCCACGGGGACCUGGACCACAGCACCCAGCUGCAGGCAGGGGGUAGCCAGAGGGCUGGGGAGGAGGCCAGGGGAUUUGUGCCUUGCGUGACCAGCAUCCACUCCUUCACCUCCGCCUUCCUCUUCUCCAUCGAGGUGCAGGUGACCAUCGGCUUUGGGGGCCGCAUGGUGACUGAGGAGUGCCCGACUGCCAUCCUGGUGCUGAUCGUGCAGAACAUCGUGGGGCUGGUGAUCAACGCCAUCAUGCUGGGCUGCAUCUUCAUGAAGACGGCUCAGGCGCACCGCCGGGCCGAGACCCUCAUCUUCAGCAAGCACGCGGUGAUCGCCCUGCGGGAGGGCAGGCUCUGCUUCAUGCUGCGGGUGGGCGACCUGCGCAAGAGCAUGAUCAUCAGCGCCACCAUCCGCAUGCAGGUGGUGAAGAAGACCACCAGCCUGGAGGGCGAGGUGGUGCCCCUCAACCAGAUAGACAUCCAGAUGGAGAACCCAGUGGGGGGCAGCAACAUCUUCCUGGUCUCCCCGCUCCUCAUUUACCAUGUGAUAGACAAGAACAGCCCCCUCUACGACAUCUCCCCCCUACACCUCAACCACCACGAGGACCUAGAAGUCAUUGUCAUCUUGGAAGGGGUGGUGGAGACCACUGGUAUCACCACCCAAGCCAGGACCUCCUACCUGGCUGACGAAAUCCUCUGGGGCCAAAGGUUUGUGCCCAUCGUGGCCGAGGAAGAUGGUAGGUACUCAGUGGACUACUCUAAGUUUGGUAAAACGGUGAAAGUGCCCACCCCUUCUUGCACUGCCAGGCAGCUGGAGGAAGACAGGAGCAUCAUAGACUCCAUCCCAUUGUCACCUAAAAGCACCAGUAGGAAGAGGUCUUUCAGGUUGAAGCCCAAAUUUACCAUAACUGAUGAGCCUUCCUGA